AUGGCCGCGUGCCAGUGCUGCUUCCAGCGUGUGGUGUCCCCCCGCGCUCAGAUCGCCCUGGGCCUGUACGGCCUGGGGUCCUUCCGCACUACCCUCCGCAAGCACCACAAGCGAUCCGCUGCGCUUGCGCCACCAGCCAAUCAGGUACCAUCACCAGCCCAGCGGGCCAAGGCGCAGGCGAUGGAAGCGUUCUCCUCCAGGGUUCCUUUGCCACAGGGGGCGUUGGGGGGGAGGCAAGGGGUGGUGUCAGCUCGUGAGAGAUACGAGUGGAAGUGUGAGCGCGUGCCGCUGCUGUGUGCGGAGGCGAUGGUGCUCGAGUGGAUGGCGGAGCCGCGUGUGGGCGUGCUGAUGGACGUGCGCACCAUCAGAUCCCGCCUGCCCGCUAUGCUGGGCCUCGCACCGCCUGCUCUUCAAUCCCCUGCUCCUGCUUCUUCCGCUGCUUCUGCUGCUGUGCCUCCUGUCGAUCCUGUCACUGCUCCUGUGUCAGCGCAUGCACCUCCUCCCUCUGUCACCUGGUCCUGCUGCUUUCGCUGCAGCAGCUGCUGGGCUGCCUACCGCCGUGCUGUCAGCUUCGCCACCUUUCUUGUGGUGGUAGCGAGGCUGCCCCGCAUUGUGAGUCUAUGGAAGGCGCAUAUAGACUCCGAAUCGCCCACCUUUCCAGCAGUAGUGGCCCAGCUGGGGGCGCGCAGGCAGGAGAAGGGCGAUGGGCCGGCGUCCGUGCUGGUGCAGAUUCUCGGGGUGAAGGAGCGUGGCGACCUCAAGGAAGGCUGGCAUGGUGGUGUGCAUGGUGGGCGAGGCGCUCCCAAGGGCAUGUAUUUGAGCGGUGUGGGCGCCACUGAAUUCGCCCUCGCAUUUGCUGAUGUGCUGUCGAAAGGCGUGCAGCGCAAGCAGGGGGAGGUGUUCUGCAACGACGCUGACAGCACUGGCAAGGCACGCGUGGAAGAUGCAGCUGCCGAGGAGGCGAGGGAGUGGCUCAGCAGGGACAUGGUGGGCAGUGCGAGGGUAACAAGGGAGGGGGAGGAGGGUCAAGUGGCUCUCUCAUCAGACAUCACCUCAUCGGCUUCAACUGGAUCUGAAAUUGCUGCUGCUGCUUCAUUUUCUGCUGGCCUCACUCACACACCCGCCCCUACCCUCGUCCCUGUCAACUCGAACCCGAUCAUCGCGGUGUUAACGUACCGGAUUGGCUGUCUCCUGCAGUGGGUGCGAAUUUACGGCUCAGAUUUCAUCUCAGCAAGGAAGUGCUUCAAGGGGAGCCAGCACGGCAGAAUCCUGCCGAUGCGCCACCCGCUUCGGGACCUUCCGAGCCUGCUGGUCAGGCUCGGCGCCAUUCCCAAACCGUUGACUUGGAAGCAGUUUGAUUCGGAGUGGGAGGAGUGGCCACGGGGUGAGGAAGAUGUUGCAAAGUUUCCUGAUGAUUGGAGUGUGCGCUGCUUCCGUCUGGGGAUUGUAGACGAGACGGAAGAGGGGGGUCAGGGGAACAGAGGAAGUGGCACGGGGGAUGGACAGGGGGGCAUUGGGAGAUGUGGCAGGGAGAGCGGCAGGAAGAGAGGCGGGGGAAACGGCGGGGAGAACGUUGGUGGGAGCAGUGGGAGGCAUGGGGGGGGACGUGGUACGGGGCGUGGUGGGAAGAGGGGAGGAGGAGGAAACCCAAUGUCCAGCGUACUUGCAGCACCCGCCCAGAACAGAACCAUGCCCAUGGUGCGGUGUGCAGCAGACGCAUAUUUCCUAGUGGAGUUUGCCGGCCACCAAGUCUACCCCCCUGCCUGCGCCGCGUGCCGCGAGUGCCUGGGCCAGUUCACCUACCACAUCCCCUUCUCCACCCUCCUUGCCAACUUCGCCUACCGCCCCGCCACUGCUCUGGUGAACCGCUUCGUGUCCGUGUUCCCCCCGCCCUCCCCCGACAUCUGCAAGCUGGUGGACCUGCUGCUGCUCGACCCCUUCCCUCGCGGCACUCCUGCGGCGGUCCAGGAGCACGUGGUGAGGGAGCGCGCGGAGGAGAUGCCCAUCCACUUUCUGCUCAACGUGGCGCUCACGUGGCCCAACGCCAUGCUGCAGAUUGAGGAGCUCGGCCGCGUUGGCCGCGAUGACUGCACGGCGGGGAUGCAUAAGGCACGCGGGAGGCCGGUGCUGAUUGCAUGGAGGACGGAUGCCAUGACUGAUCUCAUUGACGACUGCAGACGCAGCACAGGCAGCAGCGGGCAGUCACAGCAGCACAAGCAGGGCGGGCUGCCACGCAAGUGCAGCAAGGAGGUGGCGAUGGAGAUGUGCAAGCGGUCCUUGGAGACCAGGUUCCGUGACGACCAACACCAGUGGGGUGCGCCUGCCUGCAGUAGCAGUGGUGGUGGCAGCAGCAGCAGUGGUAGUUGGAGCAGCAAAGCGGGGAAGAGGGAAGAGGAGGAGCCGGCUUAUUUGAAGGCAUGGCCAGGGGGGAACAUGCUCUGA